AACAGAAAUUUAAACUACAUUUUAACCCAGUUAAGAUAUUGUUUUUCAGUUUUUACUUGAUGAAAGAAUGAAACUUUAAGGGUUGGAAUUGUCGAGGUAUGCCACCUCCUUCCCAUGCAACCAUUAUAAAGAUCUUUGGUUAUAGGUCUAACCUCCUUCAAUGCAACACAAACAAGAAAAAACCACCUCUCCGUAGACAGAAGAUUUCCCCUCCCACCCACAUCAACCGAUCCCCAAACUACAAACACAAACAGUUGUAUGAUAUUUGAAAUUGAUCUUUGAGAAACUAACAAUAUGCUUGGAGGAAAUCAUGAUCAUAAUCCAAAGUACACAACAGCCGCAGAGGUGAUUGAAGAACUAAAGAAAAUAAAGGAUAUAGCCUUCCCAAUAGCAGCCAUGAGUGUGGUCACAUACCUCAGAGGAAUUAUCUCAGUUGUCUGCAUGGGAAGGUUAAGCCGACUAGACCUAGCUGGAGGUGCACUCGCAAUCGGUUUCACUAACAUCACAGGAUACUCGGUUCUCUCGGGCCUUUCUAUGGGGAUGGAUCCUCUAUGUAGUCAAGGUUUUGGUUCUCGCAAUCUUCUGUUGGUUUCUAUGACACUGCAACGAACAAUCAUCAUGUUACUAUUUGCUUCCGUACCAAUAUCUUUAUUAUGGCUUAAUCUUGAACAAAUCAUGGUGAAACUUCAUCAGAAUCCCGAUAUUGCACGUGUUGCAAGCCUUUACUGUCGUUAUGCUCUACCUGAUCUAAUUGCUAAUAGCCUUCUUUAUCCUCUAAGAAUCUAUCUAAGAAGUAAAGGCACACCAUGGCCACUGUUUUGGUGCACUUUGCUUGGAGUUCUCUUUCAUCUUCCCAUCACUAUUUUCCUGGCUUUCAAACUACAUCUAGGAGUCCCUGGAGUCGCCGUGUCCACCUUCCUUACCAACUUCAACAUUCUCAUUUUUCUUUUUGGGUAUAUGUACUUUAGUCCAGGACACCCACCCUCCUCCAGCGACGAAUAUGAAUAUGAACAUUAUCAACAGGAUUUUCUAUACACAACCUCACCAUUACUUUUUUCAUCACCAUCACCGCCCUCUUGUUCUCCUUCUUCUUCACAUUCCUCUUCCCCUUCCUCAUCUAUAUCUUCAACUUCAUCGCCAUUUUAUUGUCUUGGUAACCCAACCACUAGUUUCACUACCUUGCUAAGCGAAGACUGGUGGGUUUUGCUUAGACUCGCUAUAUCUAGUUGCCUUGCUGUUUGUCUCGAGUGGUGGUGGUACGAGUUCAUGACACUUCUUGCUGGUUACAUUAACCCACCUCAUGUUACCCUUGCAGCUUCUGCUAUAGUCAUCCAAACCACUUCACUCAUGUACACACUACCGACUUCCUUCAGUGCAUCUGUAUCCACUCGUGUAGGUAAUGAACUUGGUGCUGGUAGGCAUAGUAGAGCUCGUCUAGCUAGCCUGGUAGCCAUGAUACUAUCAGUUCUAGCAUCUAUACUUGGGUUCUUGUGGACCAUCUUAGCAAGAGAUCCAUGGGGAAGGGUUUUCACACAAGAUACUGAAGUUCUGAAAUUAACCAUUGCUGUUUUACCAAUUAUCGGCUUAUGCGAACUAGGAAAUUGCCCACAAACAACAGGUUGUGGGGUCUUACGAGGAACUGCUAGACCUUCGACCGGUGCGGGGAUCAACCUAUACUCAUUCUACUUGGUGGGUACACCAGUAGCCAUCUUUUUGGCUUUCGUUAUGAAACUAGGGUUUGUGGGUCUUUGUUAUGGGCUUUUAGCGGCUCAAAUUGUUUGUGCUUUCUCUAUCAUAACAGUGAUUUGCAAGACAGAUUGGGAGAGAGAGUCAUUGAAGGCCAAAGAUUUGGUAGGGGGGAUAUAAGCAUAUGAAUAAUAUCCAACAAAUAUAAUCAGACAGAAGAUCAGUAGUAAUCACAUGCUAAACCUUUUGAAUUAUUGAAGGGACAAUCAAAAAGAACUGAAGCAAAAGACUAUACUUAUGAUGUCUGGGAUGACAUAAUUGUCUUGAACUGAACCCUAGUUAGACAAAUGAGACACAAGUGAGAUCAUUUGUGCUGGCUGUUUUGCUAAAGUCAGUUAAUUUUCUAGUCUAGGCUGUCUAGCUGUGGGAUGGAUAUUGAGAAAAGAAAUAUAUACGGUAUGGAUGCGAAGAAAGAAAAGCAAAACAAUAUCAAACAAUAUCGGUAUUCUAUAAGGUAAAUGUAAACUUGUAAAUCAUGUAGCUGUAAAGAAAUAUACAUAUAUAUAUAUAUGUGUGUGUGUGUGUGUUAGCUUUAGUUCAGCAGUUAGUGAUAGAUGUCCAUCUAUGAUACAUCUUGACGUUGAUGCACUUGAUGUCUAAUACCAAAUAUGUAUGUGAUUUUUCUUUUGAUUCCUCUAUAUAUCUUCUUUUGUGUCUUAUGUUCGGUACAAGUAAUGAAAGACAAUGACUACCUCGUGUAUUUUGUGAAUUUA